ACGGUAUUGGCUAAGCAGGAUUCCAGAACGCCUUGUUGGGCUACAUGGCCUAUUUCCUGGUUUCUUCCACUCCUCGCUUCUCAAACCCUACCCCACAGUCCUGUUCACACCUCAGAAGAGUUGAUCCAGCACAGGUUGCGUUUUGACACCGGAUCUCAGCAACUAUGUCUGCUGAGUCAUGUCUAUUACUGUGCUGCUGCUCUGAAAAACAUCGCAGAGUUGGGCCCUGAAAGAUUUUUUGAACUGAAUUUCUGUGCUUCCACUGAGCAUCAAUCAUUUGUUAGCCCAUUGAUUAUGGCUAUCUUGAUUUCCCUGCUCGUCUUACUCUUUGAUACCACCCUCACCAACCCUACAACUCUCCUGACUAUCAAUACCAUGUUGACACAUGCUGCCUUGCGUGGUGGGUUUCAGAAGUUCAAUGGCCCCCAGGCAGUGCUCGAGAACACUAUUCUCAAGCUCAUAUUUUCUGUCACCCAGAAUGGGUGUAUUUCCCAAGACAGCCUCAAUGCACUCCAGAGUGCAUGGGAAAUGGUUUCGCUGUCCAUUCCAGAGUCCAUCAACUGUGUCUCUGACCCCCUCUCUGACUCGGAGGAUGAAGGGUCUACUGUGCAAUCGGUCUCUGACCAGGAUGCCAACUCAUCAGUUGCUGGGCCAUCUGUGGCCCAUUAUAUUUCACAACCCCCCGAAUUCCAAUCAUCUUUCGCUCCAAAGUCCAUGGUCGAGCCACCAGCCUCAGCCCAGCUGUCGGAAUUUUUCACGGCCCAACCACCAAACCUGCACCAAGCCAAGGGCAAUUUGAUACCCGGAGGAGCCGAUCAGUCCCAGCCAUGUCUUCCACUGCAUAUCGACAAGUGGUACCUACUGAGCCCAUUGCAACCCAAGGGGAAUGUGAUACUGAGCAGAGGAGCCUCAUCAACAGCGAUGCCCAGACAACCAUACUGCCUUUGCAGACUCAGGAGCCAUCUUCCACCUGUCAGAAAUGCAAACACAAGGGGGGGAAUGGGCCUCGACCUCGUAAAAAGAGACGAGCUUAACUCCAAUGGGUGCAUCCAACUGAUUCGCAUGAUCAAGGAGCAAACAAUGUCCUUCUUACUCUCUCAAGAUGCUGUUCACUCCUGGCCCGAUGUCACCGCUGUGGACACAACACUGACUUCAAGUGAGGCUUCAGAGAAUGCUGGUCCUGAUCCAGAUGCAGGCCCCAAGGCCAAUCUUGAUGGUGGUACUCCAAUCGUCCUAAUGGGCCAGCCAGACCCCAUAGAGUUCGACAUUCCGAUGCUCUUUGGCCUCUUGAAUUUUCAGUCCAAGGUUGAGUUUAUGGACUUCAACGAUCCCCCAUCAACUGGAAUAGCACUAGAUAUGCAUGCAGGCGAUGUUAUCUGUGAAAUGUAUCAUUGGGAGACAUCGAGGCCAUUGAUCAUUACCCAUGCCCCAGAUGCCGCCAGCUUCUAUCAGCCGAUAGAGAGGCUCUUGAAUACUCAUGAUGCAGCACUGGCAGAUUUCCCUCUAAGAGACAUCCCUGUUCAUGUCCGAAAUUGGCAAGGGCUGGUGAUCUCAGCCAUCGGCUCCAUCCAUCCUCCCAUUCAGGCUCCAAACGGUGUUGGCAUGAGCCUUUAUUGUGCCACUGGGCAUGUCAUCUUCUUCAUCCCCCGUUUACGAGAUGACCAGCACAUCAUCUUCAAUUUCAAUGACAUUGAUUUGCCCUUGGCUCUUGGCUUCGAGUACCUCUAUGAAGCCCCAUUUCGCUUCUCUUCCUUUGUCGUUUCCCCCAGUCAAACGGUCAUCUUUCCCCCAGGGCAGAUUUAUGCCUAUGCGACACUUGCUGUAGAGGGCCAGCGAUCGUUUUUCGCAAGCUGGCUGGAUCAGAGCUCCUCGGACCAAUCGACAAGCGAGGACUCUACGGUCACUGUGUGUUUGAUGGCUAUGGUGUGGAAAGCUGCCCAUGCGCUGUCAAGUGGUGAAGAGCCUCUUCAUUCACCUUCCAUUAUCAACCUAUUCUCACUGGGCUCCAUGGCCUUGAUGUUCAUUGGGAAAUAUAGGCCACAGAUACGCGAAAUGGCUAAAGGGUUGUGCCAUUAUUGUGCAACCAAGCAGCCCCUUGACUGCUCUCUACUCCUGGAUCAGUUCAACGAUCCCAGAAUCGCCAAUCGUGCCUAUGAACUGCAUGACCUUGAUCCUGAUGUUCGCAAGGACUAUGUGUCCAAAGCAGAUUUCCUCCGUCAAGAUAUGAUGCAAGCUGUGCAGCAUAUCCCAGCCUUGUAA